UUAAAUGAUAGCAUAAUGUUCCGAAAAGGUCACCUUCACACAACGAAGAUUGCUAAAACCACACAUUUAAAAAUGGGCGUUAUAAGACUCAUUGGCUGUGUUCUAUUGGUGUUACCUUGCGUUUUAACAGAAUUUUACCGAUUUUGCUACUACGGAUCGUGGGCGUCCAAUCGUCACGCCCCGAACGCACUCCGCCCUGGAGACAUCAACCCCUCUCUGUGCUCGCACCUGUCCUAUUCCUUUCUGGACCUGGACGAUACUGCCACCAGGAUUAUACCAACACCGGACCCACCGCAUCCAGAUACCCUUAUGACACAAUUCAACAACCUCAAGAAGAGGAAUAGGGGUCUGAAAACCAUCGCUUCGGUGGGAGGUUGGGCCAUGGGAACUGAAGCCUUCAUCAAGCUUGUAUCCUCGCAGGACUUGAUGAACCAGUUUGCUGGAAACGCCGUAACGUUCUUGCGAACACAUAACUUCGAUGGCCUUGACCUUGACUGGGAAUACCCUGGUGUUGAAUAUAGAGGCGGAAAACCUGAAGAGAAGCAACGUUUUGUCCAACUACUCAAGACCGUGCGUGAGGCAUUCGAAAGCGAUCCGGAAGUGCAGAAAGGUCGAGACCGACUCCUUCUUACGUGUGCAGUUGGAGUCACCGAGGAGCUCGUUACGACAGCCUACAACGUGACGGGAAUAGCACAGUAUUCCGACCUGAUUAACCUGAUGAUGUACGACUUUCACGGCGAGUGGGAGAACACCGUCAACGUCCACAGCGCCCUCUACAGCGACUUCGACUUAAGCGUGGAUCGCUUUGUUAAGUUGUGGGUGUCAGAAGGGGCGCUAAGAUCGAGUGAAGAGGAUUUCCUGCUACUCCGGGUGAUGUUCACUGCCCUUGUAGACACUGGCUUCAACAGAAUGACAGCCAUCCAAGCAGUGUGCAGUGCUGUUAAUAAGACGUAA